AUGAUAGUCAUAAUAUGGAUUGUCGUGGUUCUCGUGGCGCUGGGGCUGUACCUCCGCAAGAGAACAUCACCGAUUUCUUGUUCGAAGUUAAGUACUACGUUUCCUGAUGACAAAGUCGUGGGAAUGUAUGAAACGUUGAAUCCUGUAUACAUUGUGAAAGAUGUAGAAUUAAUAAAAAAGGUCACCAUUAAAGACUUUGAUCACUUCGUUGAUCGAAGGAGUUUCGUCAGUGAGUUUGAUCCCGAUUUUGGAAGAGGUUUAAUCAAUCUUAAAGGUGAGGAAUGGAAAGAAAUGCGUUCCACUUUAAGUCCAGCAUUUACCAGCUCCAAGAUUCGUCUGAUGGUGCCUUUUAUGGUCGAUAUUGGAGAAGAAAUGAUCAAGGUUCUUAGUAAAAAAAUUAAAGAUUCUGAAACCCAAUAUAUUGACGCGAGUGCCAAAGAUAUUACUACCCGCUACGCAAACGACGUAAUUGCUUCAUGCGCUUUUGGCCUCGAAGUGGACUCUCAGUCCGCUGACAGCCAUUUCUACGUCAAAGCCAAGGAAUUAGUCAAAUUCGACUUUACGAAGGCUUUGAAAGUUUUCUUCUCGAGAUGUCUUCCUUCAAUUGCUGAUAUGCUGAAGCUGUCAUUGAGUUCAUCUGAGACCUCUAGUUUCUUCUCAAACGUGGUACUGUCCACUAUAGAAGAACGUGAGAAGAGAAAUAUCAUCAGACACGAUAUGAUCAAUAUCCUCAAUGAGAUAAAAAAAGGGAAAUUGAAACAUGAAAAGAACUCAGAUGUUGACAGUGGCGCCGGUUUUGCUACAGUGGAAGAGUCACAUAUUGGCAAAAAGUUGCGCGAAAGAGAAUGGUCAGACAAGGAUUUAGUUGCUCAAGCAGUUCUAUUUCUCUUGGCUGGCUUCGACACAAUUUCAACGGCAAUGACAUUCAUUAUCCACGAACUGGCUGUAAAUCCCGAUGUACAAGAGAAGUUGGUACAAGAAAUAAAAGAAUUUGAUCAGAAGAAUGAUGGUCAGUUGGAUUUCAAAUCAAUACAGAGUAUGAAGUACAUGGAUAUGGUUGUAUCCGAGGGUAUGCGCCUGCACCCUCCCGCUCCAUUCCUAGACAGGAAAUGCGUGAAAGACUACAAUUUUGGCAGAGUGAACAAAACUGCAACCAAAGACCUAAUAAUCCGCAAGGGUGCUGCUAUUGGGUUUCCGAUUUACAUUUUCCACCGAAACCCGGAACUCUUCCCCAACCCUGAGAAGUUUGACCCUGAGCGAUUUUCCGAUGAGAACAAGCACAACAUAAAACCAUUUUCUUACAUGCCUUUUGGACUGGGACCAAGGAAUUGUAUCGGUUCUCGUUUUGCUCUCUGUGAAGUGAAGGUGAUGCUUUAUCAACUUUUUCGUAAAAUUAAAGUGAGUCCCUGCGAAAAAACUACAAUUCCACUUAAAUUAGAUAAAGGAUUCGUUAUGAAUAUUCAAAACGGUGCCUGGGUUCGACUCGAACUUAGAGAAUAA